AUAGAAGGAACCCGGCCCUCGCUUGUCGAUCUUUCAACGCGAUCCCCAGAUGGUCUAGGGGUUUCCAGUAUCUUUAAGGAUCAGAUCUAUCUGGUAGGUCAGGCAAUGAUAAUAAAACAGUCAAUUGUCCCAGUCUUCUCUAUUCUCUCUACCAACUCUCUACAGUUCCUCGUGCACCUUUCUAAGAAGAUGUCGGACCAAUGCUCACUGAAACCGGAGCCGCCGGAGAACCCAAAAAAGCGGAAAAGUACGGAUAAUCUUCAUAGCCAGGUGAAAAAAGCUCCGCCAAUAGGCACGUCCCUGCUCAAUCCUGUCCAAGCAACACCGAGUCGGGAUAAAUCAGCCCCUGAGGAUGUCAUCAGCGUCGAAAAUAAGGCCCAAAUGGGAUCGAGCGGAGGGAGUAUAUUUAAGUCUCCGUGGGCCAGAGCUGCAGCCAUCGCAGCAGUGAAAUCUAUUUUAUGUUGUUGGGUUCCGGACGGAAGCUUGAUACCCGAGGAGGAUAUAGGCGGUUGGUGUGAUGGGUUCUCAACUGCUGAAAUAACAGGGCUUUCUGUUCUGAGAUGGCAAUUUGGCUUUGAUAAAGCUGGGCAGGAUGAUUUCCGCUCAUUUAUGUCUUCCUUUCCAGAUGAUGGUGUUGAAUGGCUUAGAGAUGUUGGGAGAGAGAACGAAUGUCGGCAGGACUGGAGUUUCGAGACAUUCGAGGAAUUUGAAAAGAUGCUACGCGAGGCGAAGCUGGCUUUUCAGCAUCCUGGUUUUGCAGCUGCUUUUGCGGAAAUAGCUGCUGAAAGUCACAAAAAUACGAAAGUGGUGGACUCGGCUUUACAAUUAGACUGAUGAAAGCUGCGAAAAUCACCAGAGCAACUGAGCGCGCUAGGAAAGCAACACCUCAGAACAGCGCUCCACCGUGCAAUGCAACUCUGCAAACGAGCCACCCGUCGUCCAAACCUUGUUUAGUAUGUGUUGGCCGUUAACGUGACUCACCACCCAACGAACUUAUUAUUAUUAUUAUUCUUCAAU